CACAUGUUUACGUAACUAUAACUGUUUCGAUAUUUUCUAUCGUUUUCUUGUGAUGUUUCAGGUACGAAAGGUAAGGUUAUCAGAAUCGAAACCAGAUGUGUCGUCGCACUUUAACUAUUAACCAUAACAAGCCACCUACCGCGAGAGUCCAAAAGGUGAGGUAGGAAAUUUGUCACUACAAAUAYCCUAACAUUCCGAGUGGAAAGGUGAUGGUAUCGGACAUGCAUCCGACUUGAAGGGUCCUGUUUUGACUGUAGUGACAUCAGAAUUACUAUAUAACCAAGCCAAAUACAGCAUUCAGCAUUCUAUUCAAUUCGCUGAACACCACUUAAAGAAUCGUACAAUUUUGCAUUCAAGGUCAUUCACUGACAGCGAGGCCAUGAAUAGCAAUAUACCGCUUACAAUGGACCAUAAAAUUGCUGUAAUGGGAGCCAGUCGCGUUGGGAAGACAUCUCUCUUGAGAGCCUUCUUCGAGCAGCCGUUUAUAGCGGAACAUAAGCCAACCGUAGACGACUAUUAUAUUCAUGGUAUGAACCUAGAUGGAGUUUAUUAUAAUGUCUGUAUAGCAGACACGAGUGGAACGUAUUCAUUUCCUGUCAUGAGACGWUUUGCGAUCUCGCACUGCCGUGGAUUCAUCGUGAUGUACUCUAUCAACGAUAUAUCAUCAUUUCAAACCGCUAUAGAGAGACUUGACGAGAUUAUCGAGUUGUUAGCCUCGCGGUAUCGACGCGUUCCUGUCUUAUUAGUCGCCAAUAAACUUGAUUGUAUCGAAGAGCGCAAGGUAUCUGCGCACGAAGCCAAAGACGAGCUCCACAUUCGACCUCAGCUUCUCAGCGUCUACACCGAGGUAUCAUCGAAAACUGGUGUUGGUGUUGAAGGAAUAUUUCAAAGCCUAGUCAACAUGAUGCAGGUAGUGAAGGACAAAGAAGAGAACAAUAAAAGAUCUAGUUCAAAACGCAAGAAAACAUAAUGAAAUUGUGYAUCAAUGUAYAWAAACCYCGGUAGUACGAAUUCUCAGUAUAACGUCCACAUACGGUCGGUAUUCACAUUGUAUAUUAUUGUUUAUUUGAUCGCAAUAAGAGAGGAAAAAACCCUUUUUACAGUCAAGUUUAAUUAAUUAGUUGUAUAUAUACUCUAAGAUUAAUUUAUAUUCAUGAUUGCUUCUUAUGUGGUUGGAUACUAUGUUGAGGUUAGAACGCUCUACUGAGCAACCUAGGAAUUGUAAUCUUUCCAGUCACGAUCUAAAAACACUGUACUUGUUGACAUGAUGUAGGGUAAUGUAAUAUGURGGAUGACUUGUUCAAACAAUCAAAACAAUAUUUAUAACCGCGCUGAAACGACAUGAAUAAGAAAUAACGAUAAAUAGUUCACCUUAUAAUAUCAAUAUUUAAUAAAACUAAAUCAGUCUAAUCAGUGUAGUUUUUUAGUGYAUACUCUAUCUUCAGGUAUUCAUAAAUCGUUAUAAAGUUGAAUUCAAAAAGACAAAAACGUGUGUAAAUAUUUAUAUCAAUUCUGUAUUACUCUCCACUUUACAAACAAAAUAAAUUGACUGUCACGUUGAGUUGAUUUGUUAUGCGAUUUUUGUUGAUCAGAAGAAUAAAGACGGUCAGCUGGAGGUGACCCAUUGUAUGA